UUUCCUCAGCUGCCCACCCGCCGCCAUGCCGCCCCUGCUGCCGCUGCGCUUAUGCCCGCUGUGGCUCUGCCGCCCUCCCACCCGGCUCCUCGCAGCGGCCGCCGGGCAGCGGUCUGGUCCCAGUAAUUAUUAUGAACUGUUGGGUGUGCAUCCUGGAGCCAGUGCCGAAGAAGUUAAGCGAGCUUUCUUCAUCAAGUCCAAAGAGCUGCACCCUGACCGAGACCCUGGGAACCCAGCCCUGCACAGCCGCUUUGUGGAGCUGAGUGAGGCAUACCGUGUACUCAGCCGUGAGCAGAGCCGCCGCAGCUAUGACCACCAACUCCGCUCAGCCAGCCCCCCAAAGUCUCCAGGAACCACAGCCCAUCCCAAGUCUGCCCCACAAACACACAGGUAUAAUAGACCUGUCCCCACUUGCUUCCACCCCCAAAUCUCCUGGGAGGAGAGCCUCAUCUCUACCUUGUCCCUUUUCCUUCUCAGAAGCUCCUGGGCACCCCCCAAUACUCAAUACUGGGCCCAGUUUCCUGGUGUGAGGCCCCAGGGGCCUGAGUCGAGACAGCAGCAGCACAAACACAACCAGCGGGUGCUGGGGUACUGCGUCCUGCUCAUGCUGGCAGGCAUGGGUCUGCACUAUGUCGCUUUCAGGAAGUUGGAGCAAGUCCACAGAAGCUUCAUGGAUGAGAAGGAUCGGAUCAUCACAGCCGUCUACAACGACACACGAGCCAGAGCCAGGGCGAACAGAGCCAGACUCCAGCAGGAGCGCCUGCAGAGGCAGCAGCAGCCUCCCUCCGGAACUCCCCCAGGCCCUGGGACCGUGCCCCCGGACACCAGCCCCUGAGGGGCUCACCUAGCUGAGACCAGUAGAGUGCC